CGAUCGACCGGAAAUCUCCGGUGCCACUUCCGACAUCCCGGGUCCCUGUCGGAGUUUGUAAACAAGCGGCAGGCAGCGGGAAUGCGGUCGUAGAAAUUGUGAAACAUGGCAAAUGAAAAUGAAGAUUUGAACGAGGGUCUACACGUGGUAAAUGAGGAGGAAGAAGAAGAAAAUGCUCUUGAUUAUCACCAGAAUAGGAUGCCACUCUCAACUUUUUAUGAUUUGGUACCAGAAGAACGUAGUGGCCAUGUAGCUGUAACAUGUGGAAGUUAUAUGUAUAUCUUGGGUGGUUACAAGAAUGCUGCAGUUCAAGGCUACAACGAUUUCUACUUGCCAAGAGAAGAACUUUGGAUCUACAGCAUGGAAACUGGAAGAUGGAAGAAGAAGUACACAGAAGGUGAUGUUCCUCAGUCCAUGUCAGGGAGUUGUGCUGCUUGUGUGGAUGGAGUACUAUAUCUGUUUGGAGGGCAUCAUGUAAGAGGGAACACUAAUGAGUUCUACAUUCUGAAGCUGGGAACCAAAGACAAAAUACUGCACUGGGAGAGAGUAAAAGAUUUUAAGGGGGUACCACCAUCACCCAAAGACAAACUUGGUUGUUGGGUAUACAAAAACAAAUUGAUUUUCUUUGGUGGCUAUGGCUACCAACCUCGAGAACAGUAUCAUGGAUCAUUUGAGUUUGAUGAAUCAUCAUUUUGGAAUGCAAGUCAUCCAAGAGGCUGGAAUAAUCAUGUCCAUUUCAUUGACCUUGAAACUUUUACAUGGUACCAGCCUAUUACAAAGGGGAAAGCCCCUUCACCUAGAGCAGCUCACGCUUGUGCUACAAUUGGGAACCAAGGCUAUGUGUUUGGAGGAAGGUAUCAGGAUGCCAGGACCAACGACCUCUACUACCUUGAUUUGGAUACUUGGGAAUGGAAUGAAGUGAUACAAUCUCCUGAUCAGAUUCCUGUUGGCCGUUCUUGGCAUUCACUCACUACAAUCUCAAAUGACCAUCUCUUCCUUUUUGGAGGUUUCACGACUGACAAACAACCGUUAAGUGAUGCUUGGAUAUAUAGUGUGAGCAAGAAUGAAUGGUUAAAAGUAGAGCACCAAUAUUCAGAUAGACCAAGACUUUGGCAUUCUGCUUGUACAAGCAAUGAAGCAGAAGUGAUUGUUUUUGGUGGAUGUGCUAACAAUUUACUGGCUCGUCAACAAGCAGCUCACAGUAAUGACAUCCUUAUCUUCUCUGUGCAGCCAAAGUCACUUGUCGGACUUUGCCUAGAAGCAGUGAUCCACUAUAAAGAAAUGUUGGCCCAUAUAUGGGACUGUCUUCCAAAACAUCUGCUUCUUAAUAUUAAUCAACGAGCAGGGAGCAGCAACACAUCUGGAUCAUGAGUUCUGACAACACAAUUACAGUUUGGGCAAUCAUAGUGUGAUUUAGUUCUUCUUUGUUCUAGCAGUCAAAAGUACUGGUUUAUGACAAGGUAUGGGCAAGCUGCAGAGAAGCAUAACUUUUUUGUCUUUAUUGGUACCUGCAUUUUUGCAGGCUUUUGAUUUGCUUGUACUGCAUGUAUAGAAAUUUUAUUUUCUGUUUUGAAUAAAUGUGAAGCAGAGACAACUUAGAACACUUGGAUGUACAAAGUAAACUGUCAACUUCAAAAUAAUGCUCAGAUUGAUAUGUUGAAUCUCAUCUACCUGAAGCAGUUUAUUUUUCUUUCUGGUAUUAAGUAAAAAUUAAAUAAAACAUGCCUUUUCAAUAAAGGGCAAAGAAUUUCAAGAAA